GAUUGGACAGGUCUGCUAAUGUUAAAAGGGGCGUGAAGUUUACUGCUGCUGCUGCUGCUAACAACUACUAGCUCCUGUGUCAUCAUCUGCUAUCUGCUUCAUUCUUGGCGGCACUCUGCAGAAAGAAACCCCAGCUCUUUGGGCGUCAUUUCUUUUUAAAACUGACAGGGUUUUGUGUGCUUCUCCUAGAUGUUGUAGCCACUAAAUUUAUGGAAAGGGAAAUUGAGUGAAACGCUUACCCGGCCUAUCUGUGGACAUGGCAUUGUGCCUACAGGCAGUAAUGCUAACUUUAGCUCGUUAGCCUCUCAGGCCCGGUAGGUGCUCUGCUGCUUGUAGAUAGAGCAGCUAAUACAACAACAUUAGCUUACAUUAGCCGAGCACACUGUCUACUAGAGGCUACGACCGCGUUAUGAGAGUCAGUUUUACUUCAACCACGUUAGAGUUUGAUGAAUAUCGCUAAUUUAACGCGUUAUAAUGUAGUUUGCUAGUUUAGCUGGUAGCGUUUCAUCCGUCUCCCACAGCUGUCCUACUCCAACAGACUAACGGGUCUGUAGCUAACCGGCCAUUGUGCGGUAUGUAGCCACGGUACUGCAAGAAAGUUGCUCACAGUUUGUAACGUAAGAGGUAAUUUUAGUAUAUACCAGUUUUGGUGAUAUGAAGAAUGAAAUAAACGACUGUUAUGCGUAAAAGCCAGGGUUAACCGGAGGUACUCAGACGACAGGGCCCUGCAGCCUUAGCCAGCCUCUCUCUCUCUCUCUCGCAUCAGCUCAGCUGCUACAUCGGCUUGGAACAUGUAAAGUUUGCAAAGUUUUGAGAGCAACAAUGUAACACCACUGAGCUGGUAAGCCUUUACAAGUGUAUGACUUGGUGUAGGCAGCGUAAGCUUGCAAAAUGAACCAUUCAGGAGUCUUACCGCAAGAAAAGAUGGAGCUGGAUCUGGAAAUCCCAUCUUUAAUUCAGACCGAUGGACACUUGAGAAGAUCAAACAGUGCACCCAUGAUAAAUGGCUUAAGGUUCCUCAAUAUGACAUGUUCUCAGUAUAUACUGCAUAUUUCACUCAUGCUUCUAUUUGUAUUGAAGUAGCUUCAUUAUACUGACUUCACAGGCAAAGACACCUCACUUACUUUUGCACAAUGUGAAUUUGUCAUUUCAGUGAUAACUCCCAAGUGUUCCAGCGAGAGGUCCUUCGCAGCAGAAGAAACAGCACUACAGUUGUCAACAGACCCAACAUGGUAAAAGAGGGUUGAACACAUUUGCUCAAAUAUUUUACUUUUCAUUGAGUGUUAAAUGUUCUCUGAUAAAUAUCCUACUGUACAGGUCCCCUCAUCACCCAUCAGAGUGCCCAGCACCAGGCUCCAUCAGAUAAAACAAGUAAGACCAGGCUCUGUAACCUCUGAUUUGUUAGUGUUCUCACAUACAAAAAGGGGCAUGUCAGACCGCUGUCCCCCUCUCAAGCCAUAGGGAGUGAUGGUGUCUCAAUAAACAUGCUAUAGUACCACACUUUGGAGUUCACAGGGCCAUUGAUCUUACAGAGUUGAUCUAUUGGUAGUAUCAGACUCCAACAGAGGAACUGAUUCAUCACAUGUAUUUUGAUUCCACAAUGUGUUUAGAUGGUUAUCACGUUGUAUAGUGAUAAUAGAUAGGCAUUUCUCAGACUCGCACCUUAUAAAUGUUGAUCAUCUUGCCUGCAGGAGGAGGGUGUAGAUGUGAUGAACAGAGAAACUGCUCAUGAGCGGUAAGCAAAGUACUCCUGAAAGAAGCUAGUGUUUGCUUGAGCUUUGACUUUAUUUACCUAAUGCUAAAAAGCAGAAAUUUAUCGCUUGUUUACUAUUUUUGUGAACACAGGGAAGUUCAAGCUGCCAUGCAGAUGAGCCAGUCCUGGGAAGAAAGCCUUAGUCUGGUAAAGAAUGAGUCUUUAUUCCAACCUGCAUCAGUGUUGUUGAAGUGUUAUGUUGCUAGAAUUCUUGAAAGUCAGUGUUGUACUUUCUCACAGCAUGUUUUGGCUCUGAGCCGUUGUGGACUCUUGAUUUCUGAAGAGAACACAAGUAGAAACAUGCUAGAUUAACACUUGAGGAGUUAACAGGGCCACCAGUCUCUCAAGGUCAGACUGAGUUGGUAGUAUAAUACUCCAACACUCUAUGGAUGUCUUUUACAAUCUCUUUACACAGUCAAGUAGAAGUAUGUCAAAUAGACUGUUUGAUUAUUUUGUGUUCUUAGAGCGACAAUGACUUGGAAAAAUCGGCUUCAUCGUCUCCAAAGCGCAUUGACUUUGUUCCUGUGUCGCCUGCUCCCUCUCCGACCAGAGGGAUCGGAAAAAAGGUACAUCUGAAAUCAGUAUGUUCACAUAAAAACCUAACCAGAUUAGAAUGUGAGUAACAAGAUAAAGAUAUCACAUCAAGAUGUGUUAUAGUUUGCUGUAAUCUGAUUUUCUUUAUCACAAAUGAUCAGGAAAAGUCAGCCUGUGAAGAAUGAUGUAUUGGCAACUGAAGAACACAACUUUUGGGUUCAAUUAUUUUUCUGCCGCUACAAAAAUGAACUUUUGUGGUUUUGAAAAGCUGCAUCAGCUCAUUUACAUGUAAACACUCAUUUCCUAGUGUUCCUUUUAUGCGUUACUGUUUGCUGUAAUUACUGAAAAAUGACAAAUAACCUCUCUGAUAAUCUGCUUUACUUUAUGUCUAAAGAAGAGAAACUAGGAUGGCAGUGCCUUCAGCUGAUUUGGUUUAACUUAGAAAUGCAUUUAUGCCUGUUUUGAUGUCUGGAUGUGGAUGUAUAUUUGACAUCAGCUUCUGUCUCUGUUUUGCUUUCUUUCGAGCAGCAGUGUUUCUCUCCUUCACUACAAAUCCUCGUAAGCAGCAAUGGCCUGACACCCAGCCCAAUUCCCAGUCCAACACGCCGCUUCAGGUGAGCACUCAGUCUUUGAAGAUUAAUAAUCAAAUCUAUUUAUAUUGCUGAGCUGUGCUCCUGGUCCAUAAUCUUUUUAUACAGAUAAUAUUUUACACUGAGACUUAAAUGGUACCAGCUGACUGUGUUUUGUUAAUGUUUCUCUUUGGGGGACAUGAAACAGUUUUAUUUUUGCAACCCUUAGAUGAACAGAAAAAAAGACAUGCUCCUCUUAAACACUACAGCGUAUAAGAUGUCUGAGGGUAGAGAACAGUCAGUCACUUAAGAUGAAAAAGCCUAAUUAUUAAAUAUUUUUUGGGGGGGUGGGAUUUGUAAAUGUUGUCAAAAGCCACCUAUUGUGUUAUAUGUGUGUUUUGUUUCUUUCUUCCUUGUAGCCGGCGGAGUCAAAGCCCUAUCAACUGCAUCAGAGCCAGCAUACUGGGACCAAUCAAGCGCAAAGGUAAAGUUGAUACCCUGGAUUGAAACUCUGUAUGAAAAUAGAGAUUCUCUUUUUCUAAAUUAACAAGAUCUGGGAUCUUAGGCUACGACCAAACUGCGUCAAAAGUGACCAAAGUCUGAUUUUUUUUAACACGUGUGACUCAAUUGAUCUUGAGUUAUUAGAGCUCCAUGGAAAGAGCAGAAUUGGGAACCUCAUUAGUGUAGUUAAAUUUCAAGUGUUUGUCCUUUUUUGCUUUGCUUCUCCAUUUGAAGAGACAUUUAGACACCCUAAAAAACACAGGUGAAUAACUGCUUAGAAGAAAUAAAAAAGAGGCAAAUGUGUGACUGUUAGAGGAAAAAGUUCAGUAGUCUUAUGUUUCAUUGAAUGACCUUUUAUAAAGGUUUGAGAGGCUUGAAGUGCUCAUUAAACCACGCGUAACCUCAGCGGUUGCCACUUUUUGUCAGUAAACACGGCCGUACAUGUGACGUCCUUGUCCUUGUUUGCGCAUGCUGGUCAGUUUAGGACUGUGACUUGUUCACACGGGAAUCUGAUACAGGUCACAAUGAAAUGCAAACAAAAAAGCUGGAUACAAGCAAUAAAUGGGAAUUGAGCAUUGAGGAGGACGGUGUGAAUGUAGCUUGCACUCUGAGAGUAUGGAGGAAUGUUUUGCAAGUUACCAUGAAUCCAGAAAUGCUUUAUCAAAUACUCCUGAUUAUCACUGUCACAUCUGUCAAACCUCCAGAGACAUUUAAUCUUUGGAUAAAGGUGAACAGAGUUUUCUGUAUGUGAAGAGUAGCAGGAGUGUUAGUCAUUUUGGCUUGGAAAGGUUCCUUUGUGCAAAAUCUGAACCUGAUGGUGAUCAAACUCUUUAUACUAGUUCUCCUCUUUUGUACACAAAUGAUCUGGCAUGAAAUAUUUUGAAUUGUCUUUGCAGGGGAGAUGGAGACUGAGAGUCAACCCAAAAGGCUCUUCCAGGGUACAACCACCAUGCUGUCCUCUGAUGUCUCGAACCUGUCAGAUCUCAGUUCUUGGUAAGAUGAGUGGGUCAGCAAACAGUCCAAGAUUAACUUGUCGAAACUAUGUAGAUAAUCACACAUACCUGUGAAUACUCAAGGAAACCAGUCAAGUGCAGUUCCUACGAGGGUCAGAUAUGCUGGGUUAUACUUUCAUCAAAACUCUGUGAGUGUGAUACAGUUUGUGUAGGAGAUAAUUCAUAGCUUAAGAGCACAUCUAAGUAAAACUCGGAAAGACCUUGACUCAAACAGGAAAUUAAUAAAAAGAAUUUGCUUUUAGCAAUAGAUGCACUUUAGACUCAGAACCCACCAGCUGCUGUUUGACAACUUUUCAGAAGUUUUGACGGUAAAUGACUUACAGCCAAAACUUCAGUUUAAUACAGUUAUCUAUGGACUGAUUUAAAGGAAGUGUUGGGUAGGUAUUAAGAAAAAAAAAGUAGAGAAGAUUCAAAGGCCACAGAAAUCUCAGACAGGAGACUUAGAUGAGCUCUGUGUCUUCCUGGACAUAAAAAAAAAAGAAUAGUUCAUUUGGUGUUUGUCUUAAUAAUGAAAAUCUGGAGUAUCUAACUCAGUCUGUCCUUUUCCUUCAGCCACUCUCCAGAUUUGCUGGACGGCAGCCUUAGCAGCGUGGGCUCCUCAACAGACUCACCAGGCAAAAUGGAGGGAGUGUCACCCUCCUCGUCCAGCAACUCUCCCUUUGCUUCACUCCAGGAUCUGUCCCCAAAGUGAGCACAGGAUAGCGAAAGACAUGUUCAACGACAGGAACUCAAAAGCCUCUUUCCAGGAAACAGAUUUCCUCUCCAGACCCUCUCUCAUCACCAAGAUUUGGUUGAAGUGGAAUUUUCCACGUUUGAUUCUGGGCAGAUGUACGUGGCUACAUUUCAGAGGGGUAAUGUUUGAAUGAAGGAAGUGAAAGCUAUGGAAAGCUUGUGUGAAAGAGUUUAAAGCCAAAUGAAACUACACAUGACUGACGAUGCUAUUGGCACCACAUGGCUUUCAUAGUGAACUGUGUUCACAAGUGGUUGAGCAUCAACUCUGGCCUCCCAGUUUCCAUCACUGGAAAGGAACAUUGAGCACUGGACAAAUAAAAAGACUAUUGGAUGUUUACUUUUCUUUGUUUUGUGCUGGAAACUUCUGUCCACAGGCCUCUGUAUGUGCACAUUUUGUAAGAAAAGAUCUAACUUAUUGUUUUCCUGCUUUGUUUAAUUAUGUACAUAUUAACCUUGUCAAAUGUCGUACAUAGUUUUAAAGUUUAUGAACUGUGGGGUGAAUGUGGACAGAGGUCUUCAAUGGCAAAUGUCUUUGUAAAGGAACUGAAACGGCUUCUGGUCUAUAACUAUGGAGCUGUCCAUAGUGCUUUGUUGUUUUCAGCAGAUGUUAAUGAUAGAGGCUGUGAACUGUGGUGUUUUAUCUAGUAGGCUUUAUGCCCCCUUUCCUCAUAACUUGCUGCAAAUCUAAUCGCCAAGUAUGCACAGUUAAUGCACCAUGCAGUAAACUGUGGAGGAAGUGAGAUGGUCUUCACUGAUGGACUUUGAACACUAAAGCUCUCUUUUUAUCCUGUGUUCUUGUCAGGAUGUUUGUAGAUAAGCAGAGUAUAUGGAAAUGAGUCUGUUUUCUGUCCUCUGGCAAAAAAUUCUUAUUUAUAAAUCAAAUGAAUUAUAAAAACUGAAGGAGAUCAGUAUCUCCCUGGUAAAGGUCAACCAUUGGUGUUUUAUAUACACCAUAUCAAAUAACCACUGAAACGUCCUGCCAAAAACUAAAAAGAAAUCCACGGUGUCUGUUUUGGUUUUAUUGAGAAGUGCUUCUGCAGGAGACUCCUCCCUGUGAUGAUACAGCCACUGUGUACGCAAAGAAGUAAGACUCGACCUUAGAGGACAUCAGAGAAACAACAGUCUACAGAGGUUUAGCCUUACUGUGAUUAUAGCACCUAAUGUGCUUUAAUGGUCAUGGCCCCAUAUUGUCUAAAAGCCCAUUAAAUGUUUCCGCUUCUCCACAGGUCUUGUAGCCCUUAAAGAGCGUGUACAAAAAGGAAGAGAUUGUAAAUCAUUUUAUGGAAGUGUGCCCUUUAAAUGUGUGGUUGCAGUUAAUUUACUGAAUGUCUUUUCCUCUCCAUAAAUAAGAAAAUGGAAAGUGGUCUGUUUGCCCUGCUGCUGACAUUUUUUGUUGGGAUUUUUGUAUAGUCUUCUUAAGAAGUGUUCAGGGCAUGCACUCAGCAAAUACUAUAUUAUACUUUAUGUCUGUGAUGGAAAGGCUGUAAUCUUCCAAGCUGGCUAACUUCACGCCUUUGCUUGUGUUGUUUGUGGUUGUAAUCGUAGCAGACAUCAGGACUAAAUAAAUUAUUUCUUUAAUAUA